UGUUUGGGUCAACUGUACGGCCACACUGCUCGACUGCUUGUAAAGUGAAAAAUAUAUAUUUCCACAAGUUCAACAAAUUGAACGAUUUUGAAGCGGAAACAGCUCCAAUAAACCGAGCCCGCGUUUUCCAUUUGAUCGGCGAGCAGUCACAUACCUUAUGCGGCGCCUGAAGAAACUGAAGAGCGUGACGGGGACGCAGGAUGGCGGCGAUGCAGCGGAGAGCCGGGCAACGACAGCCGCAUCCGCUGAAACGGAUGCCAACGGCGGCGGCGGCGGCGGCAACGGCGACGCCAUUAGCGGGUCCGGCGUGGCCGGUUCCCUGAACACGGAUAUAUUUAAGCACUUUGACAAGGCCGGACGGAGAGAAUUCCUGAAGUACCUCAAAGAGCAGCUGCAGGAUUCGACGGACGGGGUCGUCUACGAUCGGAAUGGUGUCUUCAAGCAGGGGGUGUCCAAUGCCAUCUACGAGCUGCUCUGGCAGGCGCUGCGCUUUACCCACAAAAAGGAUCUGGUGAUCCACCUACUGGGGGAAAUUGUGCCACUCAACGAAGGUCUGCCUAGCCUCAUAGUGGAUGUGAUCAACAUUUUGGAUAGCGAAACUUCGCUUAUGACUGAGGGAUUGCAUGAGGAGCGUCAUGCAUUUGUCCAGCUAGUCAAAGACAUGGACAAGGUGGUUCCCGAAAGUCUUUUGAAGGAGCGCUUGGAAAUCGACACGCUGCAGGAUGUGGGCAUUGUGAAAAACAAGAGCUUCUACUCCAAGUUCAUCAAGGUCAAAACCAAGCUAUACUAUAAGCAGCGUCGCUUUAACCUGUUCCGGGAGGAAAGCGAGGGAUUUGCCAAGCUUAUCACUGAGCUAAAUCAGGAUUUUGAAGAUAACACUACGCCAGAGAGCAUUAUGGACAUAAUCAAGUCUCUGAUUGGCUGCUUUAAUCUGGAUCCCAAUCGCGUGCUGGACAUCAUUAUCGAGUCUUUUGAGACUCGACCGGACCGCUGGCAGCUGUUCAUUCCGCUGCUAAGCAGCUAUAUGCCAACUGGUGCCAUUAUCUGCGAAGUCCUUGGCUACAAGUUUUGUCACUUCAAAGACUCGCGCACACCUCGCACCUUAUACCAUGUCUGUGCUCUUUUGCUCAAGCACGGUGUCAUCCAGCUGGAUGAUGUCUAUGUCUGGCUGACCCCCAAUGACGGAAGCAUCAAGGCGGACUGGGAACAGGAUUUGGCGGAUGCCAGGGAAAUGGUGCGCAAGCUCAAUUUAAUUUCCACCAACAAGAAAGACGAGGACAAGGAUCCGCCACCGCCGCCCUCUGUGAAGAAAUUCGAUGAGGAAAAAUACAGUGCUAAUCAAAAGUUUGGCCUCUGCGAGGCUCUACUCAAAGUUGGAGACUGGGAGAAUGCAUACCGAAUCAUCCAGAAACUGCCAGAACAAGCUGUUGUCUACCAGGAGCCCAUCGCCCGUAGCAUUAUCGACCUAAUUCACUUCACCGUGGAACAGUUGUACUACAAGAAAUGCUUUAAGGCGCCCAUGGGUCGAAAGCAGAGUCGGAGUCGCUUGUACGAUGAUGCCAAGCUGGUGGCCAAGAUGCAGGCCAAGGACUUUGGUGAGUUGAGGAAGUACAUCUGGCCGAUGUGCAAUGUCCUGGGACCGGGCAUGCAUCUGGAUACUGUGCUGAUGUACAAGGUGGUCCGCAUCAUGAACAAACUGGUGGUAGACAUGGGUGUGGAUAGCAUGAAUGGACCGCCGCCGAACUCGGAGGCAGAGCAGCACUACUAUGACAUCAUGACCUGCAUGGAUGCUUGUAUCCUGCCAUCGCUGCUCUACCUGGACAACAACUGUUCCAUGUCUGAGCUGAUCUGGGGUGUGCUCAAGUAUUUCCCCUACCAUUAUCGGUAUAGCUUGUAUGCGCGUUGGAAAAAUGACAGUUAUCAGCUGCAUCCCAAUCUAAUCCGACGGUGUGGCCUGGCCCAGCGGGAUAUCAAGGCGCUGAUGAAGCGCGUGAGCAAGGAGAAUGUCAAGCAGCUGGGUCGUCAGGUCGGCAAGUACAGCCACUGUGCUCCCGGUCUUCUCUUUGACUAUAUCCUCCUUCAAAUCCAAAUUUAUGACAAUCUCAUUGGUCCUGUCUGCGACAUGCUCAAGUAUCUGACUGCCUUGUCCUUUGACUGCCUGGGUUACUGCAUCAUCGAGUCGUUGACGUUGACAGGUCGCCUUAGGUUUAAGGACGACGGCACCUCGUUGUCCUUGUGGCUCCAAAGCCUCGCUUCCUUUUGCGGCACCAUUUUCAAGAAGUACAACAUCGAGCUGAGUGGCCUGCUGCAGUACGUGGCCAAUCAGCUGAAGUCGCAAAAGAGUCUGGAUCUGCUGAUUCUGCGAGAGAUUGUCCACAAGAUGGCCGGUGUGGAGUCCUGCGAGGAGAUGACCAAUGAUCAGUUGCAGGCCAUGUGUGGAGGAGAACAGCUCAGGGGUGAGGCUGGCUAUUUCAGUCAAGUUAGGAAUACGAAAAAGUCUUCGAGUCGCCUUAAAGACGCCUUGGCCAACAAUGAUCUUGCUGUGGCCCUUUGCCUGUUGAUGGCCCAGCAAAAGCACUGUGUCAUAUACCGAGAGACGGCAGCGCACAGUCACUUGAAGCUAGUGGGAAAUCUGUACGAUCAGUGUCAGGAUACACUCGUUCAGUUUGGAACCUUCUUGGGGUCCACAUAUUCGGUGGACGAGUAUGUGGAGCGGCUGCCCUCGAUUAUAACGAUGUUGCGGGAGUACCACAUCAACACAGACGUGGCGUUCUUUUUGGCCAGGCCAAUGUUUACCCACCAGAUUAAUCAAAAAUACGAUCAGUUGCGCCGGGCAGAUCCCAAUGCCAAAAAGCUGAACCCCACGCAGAAAUUGCAAAAGUAUCUGGAGGCCACGCAGCUGAUUAUGAACCCCAUUGUUGAGUCUGUGCGUCCGCUGCAUAGCCUCAAGGUGUGGGAGGACAUAAGUCCGCAGUUUCUGGUCACCUUCUGGAGCCUGAGCAUGUACGAUCUGCAUGUGCCGAACGAUAGUUAUCAGCGCGAGAUUGGAAAGCUCAAGCAGCUGGCCCAGCAGGCCGCAGAUGGCAAGGACUCUAAUCAGUCGAAGAACAAGAAGGAGCAAGAGCGAUAUAUAGCGCUGAUGGAGAAGCUGAAUGACGAACGCAAGAAGCAGCAUGAGCAUGUGGACAAGAUCUUACAGCGAUUGCAGGAGCAGAAGGAUGGCUGGUUCCUGUUGAGAUCGGCCAAGUCGGCCAAGAACGAUACCAUAACGCAGUUCCUCCAGCUUUGCCUCUUCCCGCGCUGCACGUUCACAGCCCUGGAUGCGCUGUAUUGCGCCAAGUUUGUCCACACCAUACACAACCUCAAGACAUCGAACUUUGCCACGCUGUUGUGCUACGAUCGGAUCUUCUGUGACAUUACGUACUCGGUAACGUCGUGCACGGAGGGCGAGGCCACGCGUUACGGUCGUUUCCUGUGCGCCAUGCUGGAGACCGUGAUGCGUUGGCAUGCCGACCAGGCGGUGUUCAACAAGGAGUGCGCCAAUUACCCCGGCUUUGUUACCAAGUUCCGGGUUAGCAAUCAGUUCUCGGAGGCCAACGACCAUGUGGGCUAUGAGAACUACCGCCAUGUGUGCCACAAGUGGCACUAUAAGAUCACCAAGGCCAUUGUAUUCUGCCUGGAUUCAAAGGACUUUAUGCAGAUUCGCAACGCUUUGAUCAUUCUGAUGCGCAUCCUGCCCCACUAUCCGGUCCUGGCCAAGCUGGCGCAGAUCAUUGAGCGCAAGGUGGACAAGGUACGCGAGGAGGAGAAGACGAAGCGUCCGGAUCUGUAUGUCAUUGCGUCUAGCUAUAUUGGUCAGCUGAAGCUGAAGACACCACACAUGUUCAAGGAGAGUGAUUUCCAUCAGAUGGCCGAAAGGCCCGGCAACAACAGCAAGGAGUCGCCGCAAGGAGUCGGCGGUGACUCUGGCAGCACUACCAUCAAAGUGCUGUCUUUGGAGAAGGAUUCGAUACCCACCGCUAUACCUUCUCAGGCGGCGUCAGGUGGAGCGAAGUCAGCUGGCGGCUCCGCAGCGACAAUCUACAGCAACGAUCCAAAGCCUGGCAGCAGCAAGGAACAGGAUACUAAGACAGCUCCACUCACACGCAACGAUUCAAAGGGUCAGAAAAGCGAGGGUCCUACAGCAGCCUCCACAGCCUCCCUCUCCACCUCGAUCUCCGCGUCAAUCAACGAUCGUGAUAGCAAGCAACGCGAUCUACCGGCGCCAAGGGAAUCGCAAUCUCGCCACAGGGAUGAGCAACUGGAGCAGCAGACCAACAAUGGCAGCAACGGCAGCAGCAGGCAGAGCGCCGAGAGCCGCGGUCGCGAUGUGGAUCGAGACAGGCAGCAGCAGCAGGAACAGGAGCAGCGUCAUGGCAGUAGCCAUCGCAGCUCCAGAGAGACAGUGCGGAUUAAGGAACGAACAGAAGCAGAGCAGCAUCAGCGGUCCCGUGAGCGCUCCCAGCGUUUGGAGAGUGAGGCGGCGGCGCAACAGAGGGCUCUAAAGCGUGAGAAAUCAUCACGCCGUGGUGGUGGUGGCGGCAAUGAAGAGCGUCAUCGGCAUGGAGAUGGCGUUGAGACGGUGGACCUCGUAGGGAGCACCGAUCAACGUCACUACGAAGAGUACGAGGGCCGGAUGCGGGAUCGCGAUCUAAGCUCCGUAUCCAAUGAGAGCAAUGGGUCGUUACAGCACCGACAGCGUAGCCAUGAGACCAUUGAAUACGAAAAAGAUUCAAAACGUCGCAAAUUGGAGUCGUCGUCGAGCAGUUCAAAGAAGGUGGAGGAACUGGUGGACAGCGUGAAGAAGGCGCGCGGCAUCAAGACCAAAGAGCGCAACAAGGACAAGCUGUCGGAGGAGGAGCGCGACGCCCGCAAGGACCGCAAAAUGGGACGCAAACGCGAUCGCGCCGAGGAGUCAAAUAGCAGCGAACACAAGCGUCGCCGCGAAGCACAAAAUGGAGAGGACGAGCAGUUGCGGGAGAGAGAGCAGCGACACAGGGUGAGAAAAAUCCCCCGGGAGCGUUCACAUGAAAAAUUUGACAGAGAAAGAGGUGCAGGAGGAGGAGGAGGAGGUGCUGGCGGCAGCAGUUCCCGUGGCGAGGAUCGGCAAUACAGCAUCAGCAAGUCCACGCGCUCAUCCAGAGUCAACUAUUGAAAUGAAAUUAGGAAUAAUCGCUUCCCCAAUUACAUGUGCAUAUUGUGGAGCACAGCAUUUUGUUU